AUGGCCAUGCCGUUCACCUUGCGGGUGACAUUCCUCCUCCUGACUCUCAGUGUUUGCGCCAAGGCUUCACUGAUGGAAGCACUGAGGAAUCAAGACCUGAAAAAAGUGGAGAAGUUCUCAGGUUCGGAUCAGGAGCUCAACGAAAAAGAUAAGGACGGUAGGACUCCUCUGAUCUGGGCAAUUUGCUACCAGGACACAGCCAUGGUGAAGGCCAUCUUGGCCAAGGAGCCAGAUCUUAACGCCCAGGACAAAAGUGGCUGGUCAGCCUUGAUCUGGGCAGCCAGGUACAGCAACAUGGAGAUGAUCCGAGAUCUGGUGGAUGCGGGUGCUGCGACGGAGCUGCGGGACAACCUGGGCGAGACGGCCCUUUUCGUGGUGGCUGCCAAUGGCAACGCAGCAGGAGCCAAUGUGCUACUGCGGCACGGCGCCCAGGCCGAAGUCAUCCGCCACGAUGGAAAGACGGCUCUGCAACGGGCCCAGGACAAGUUGCGGAGCUGUGGCCAUGCGAAGUAUUGUCACCGGUACGACAAAGUGAUCCAGGUCUUGGAAGCAACGACUCCAAAAGGCUGGGACUUAUUCAAAGCCAGAGUCUCAACACAUAGCUUUCAAAAGAAGAUGGGCGCAUCGGUUCUCGCCAGCUUGCUCAUUGGUUUGCUUUGGGGCGCCUUCCAUCAAGCCCAAGCACAGAAUGUCAACCUUGGACCUCGAAAGCUCGCACUGAAAACAAUCGCAAAAAGAGCCAAGCUGCGCACGGCCAUGAGAGCCAUGGAAGUUGUGGCCUGUGUCCUCCUGCCGCUGGGAGUGGCCAUGUUAUGGGUGAGCGCGACAGCCUUUGCCCCCGUCUACUUAGUGAUCUACAUUCUGCCAAGACUGUUCGAGGUGGGUGCCCGCUGUUUGCGGCACCCCAUCCUCUUGCUCGCAAGCUGCGAUUACGGUAGGCUCUGCAGUGCUGGCACACCAAGGAUCCUUGCGACCGCCUUCUUUCUCUUCCUCGCCGCGCAAAUGCCGAGAGAUUGCGACGAGGAGAUCGAGUACGGCGUCUUUGGUUAUCAAUUUCAGCAAGGCAAAGCCUUCGCCAAGAUGACCGGUUGGAUGGUUGGCAAAGAUGGACUGCCACCAAUGAUCAACAAGGCAGCUUCCAUGUUCGUGUGCCCAGCACACAACCGCAUGCCAUCCACGAUGAAGUGGACCUAUUGGUCUUUCUUGCGGCUGAUGUGGUGCAUCUCUGCCGUUUGGCUCAUCACUUCGGUCAUGCAGAUGCUUCGAGUUCUGACCCUGGAAACUCCAGUAAACGAGUCAGAAGAGGGCCUGGCAGAGGAGUUGGAAGGCACGCUGGCACUGACUAGCGCAGCAGAAGAGGUGGAACAGGUCGUGAUCAAGACUCCUGAUGGAGAAGUGCAAGUCAAGGCAGAGAAGUGGCUGGUGUUCGUUCCUCCAGGUGGAAUUUACUUCAACAUCGGCAUGGCCAUCAUGGAUGGCGUUGUCCUUGACUUCAUCUCCAUCUUUAACUUGAUCAUGGCUGGCCAGUUCUACUUCGCCUCGUUGUCUGCCUUCAUUGUGCUGAGCUCCACAGUGGCUGAGUUCUUCGUGGCGUGGCGCUAUGAGAAGUUGUGGCAGGAGCCACGGAAGUCGGUGCUGAAAGGGAUCACCACGGAUCCCAUCCUUCGGCUUUUGGAAAUUGAGUCGGCAUUCGAAGCACCGUUCUCCUUUGCACUGACCUGCUAUUCAUGGAACUUUGCCAUCAGAAAUUGGUUUUCGCUUUGUUCCGGCAUGUUCACCCUGCUGUUAGGCAUUCUUUCGUUAGGAGACUCUAUCGUCUGGGCCGAAGAUUUAGACCUCUAUCGGACCAAAUUCAAAGGCGCAUCUCGUCCGUAUCGCAAAGUCGAUGCGGCAUCUUUACUUCGUGAGUCAGAAGAACCAACCUAG